GAGUUGCAAGCACAAGGAUUCACACGGUCUAUACUUAGCUCUCCUAAACGUCAAAGUCCGCUGCAAGACACGAUCUGUUUUUUAGUGUGACGCGAUAUUUUAAAACUUUAAACGCUUUUCUUGAAAUACUUUGAAGGCUGAAGGAUUAUGUUUGGUUUAGGAUAAUCAACUGAAGAGUUUAGCCUGUUGAGCCCAGUAAUGUUUAAGAAACUCUGAUAAUAAAGAAGAAAAUAAACGUGAGACACGCUAUUUCAAGAAAGGGAUUUAUGAAUGCAUCGGUUAUACAGCUGUGUGAACUGUGAACAUGUCACUAGGAAUGAUUUCAUUUUUGGCUCUCUGCGUCUUUUUUAUUCAAGUGCCGCAGGGCCAAACUGGAUGUGCUGAAGUGGAUUCCAUGACAGAGGCUGUGGCUGGAGAAAGCUUUCUGUUGGGUUGCAUUUCCUGCAAAAGAAGAGAAGAAGUGCCAGGUUCUGCUAUUGUGGACUGGCACUUCAAACCAGCUGGAACUGAGGAGUUUAUCCACAUUUUCCAGUAUGAAUAUCCUUACCCCAAUAUUCGUCAUGAAAACUAUGAGGGAAGAUUAGAGUGGCAAGGGACUAUGGGGACAAAGGAUGUGCAAAUUGGUGCCAUCUUCAUUCACAAUGUCACAUAUAACGACACUGGGACUUACCUCUGUACCUUCCACCGCACGCUGUACCUUUUGCUGGAUGAGGAGCAUGUGAUAAUAAAUAAGGAGGUGGAACUCACAGUUGUGGAAGAAGCAAACCCUGAGCUGACGGCUGUAAUCUCAGAGAUCAUGAUGUACGUGGUGAUCGUAGUCCUGCAGUUGUGGAUGAUUGGAGUGCUGAUUUACUGCUAUAGGAAGAUCUAUGCUGAGAAUGAAGCUCGAGAGGCCAGAAAAGCUGCACGCUCUCAAAACAAAUUUAUUGACUCAAAGGACCCUUGUGAUGGCGUGUAUUUGGAGUAACUACAGUUUUGGUUAGUAGGCUUAUUAAUUUUCAGUGAAUAGAGACUAGGUUUCAUGAAGUUAAUGCUAAUGAAUUACAUAUUUCUAUUGAUACAAUCCUCUGUAUAUUUCUAGUGACAUUUCUAUAGCAUUGCAUUGACUAAGCUAAUGCAGAACACAGAAUGAUUAAUAAACCACAUGGCAAUAAAACAGGUACAACAUUGUAUCAACAAGACAUGCAAAGUUGAAUCAGGAAUAUAAAGAGUCUGAAUGAACAGACUGAAGAAACUAAAAGGGUUUGUGGAAAAGAAACAAACAUCUGAUUUCUUGACUUUGUUGUUUAUUGACUGGUGAUAAAAAGAUUUAAGUGAGCAAAGACAAUUUUUUCAAGACAUUAGACAAGUGUUUUACUCCUCAAUAAAGAUAUGAUGGACCUGA